AGGUUCGCUCGACAGCGGCAGCCAUGACAGUUACAUAUUUGAAAUUUUGAAUGUUGUGUUGUGCUUUUGCUUUCACCUGACGCUGAAGUAAAACAAAACCUCUGAUUGUUAUUUUAUAUUUUUACCGUGCUUGUUGUAUUUUAAUGAGUGAGGAUGGAGGAGAGAACGAUGGGGAAAGUAUCUUUUCAGCCAAAAACGAUGGCAGAAUUGCUUCCUGAUCUUGCUCUAAGCGGUAUACUAUCUAAGGAUGCAAUUUUAACGCUUACUGGUAAAAAGAAGCCACGAAAUACUAUGGCAAUUAACCGAACAGCUGAGAAGGUCGUGAAGCCACUUACAAUGGCUGAAAUAAGAGCUGAAUUACAAGCUUUCAAAGGUUCCACCCCCGGUAAGGCUCAGCCGGCGCCAUCAACGAAGAAGAAAGGCUGGAACUCCUCCGUGAAAGUGGACAAGAAAAUAAACCACAGGGUGGAGGGGAAACUGAAAAACAAUUCGGUCAGAAAGGUGCUCAAUUUCCCGCCCCCUAGACCUGUAGCUCCAGUUCAGGCUAAAACGAUUAACUCCCGUGUAUCGAUGAUGCCUCCUGCUCACUCGAGAAUGACUUUGACGGCUCCAGUGUCCAAGGCCAGGAUGACUCUCAUGCCUCCUGAGACUCCAAAGUUUCCUAAACCAGAACACAGGGCAAAGAAGGCACUGUAUAUUCAAGCUAAAACAAAUGUGCGGAUAAGUGGCAUAUGCAACAUUCCAGAAACACCAGUGGAAACUAAACCUGCCAAACCACGAGUUACUAUUGCCAACAAAGAAAACAGCUCAUACCAAGCUAAUAUAAAUAGAAAAUCCAUUGCCCCCAAGCUUAUCAACCAUAAGAGGCUGGUCCCAACCAAACCUGACACGCCUUUAUCCAACGACUCCUGGAAAUCUGGCAGUGAUGCCAGUUUCAUACAAAAAGAAAAGGAAAUCCAUGAGUCUGAAGCCAUGACUAAUGCAAUAUUACAUGCACAACGCACUCUCGAGAAGAUAGCAGAAGUUUCACCACCCAUCACAACACCAUUCAGGAAGUACAGAAACAAUAUAGAAAGCAACAAUUCCAGUGUGAUGGACAAUUCAAACCCUGAAAAUGACACAAUCAUGAGCUUUGACAACCCUACUAUGUUAGAAAGAGUCAAUAAUCAAGAUGAAAGACUGAAGGAAAGUCAAAAAGUUGCCAGAGAAGAAAGGGUCUUUGUGUCAUUAUGUGACAUGCUGAAUAAAGCCACUAUCACUAACUCGGAGAGUGAUAAACUGGAUGAGCUACUUGAAGUGAAGCAGAAGCAGACUGAGCACAACAUUAAAAUGAUAGAAGAUGGUAUUCAAGCUCUUAUAAAUAUCAAAGAAGAGCAAUAUAAAUCACUAUAUGAAAUCAAAAAGCAGAUAAGAGAAAAAGUAAACAGUAAAAAAGUGUCAGACAAUGAUAAAGACACUACUUUAGUUGGUAAUACCGCAGAACCCCAAACUCCUCUAAAGAGUCCAGUGCUUGGUCAUCCUUGUUCAGUUAUCAGACUAAGUCCAAAAUCCCCUACUUAUAAGAUACCUAAAAGAACUCCAUGUUUAAGAAAAAAGGUGUUUUACAAAUCAAUGCCUAGUGUUGUAAUGACAGAUAUGAGCACUCCAGUAAAAUUGGAUGGUGGGAAAGCUUUAAAUAUGUAUAUGAAAAUGAAGGAACAGUUGCAUUUCUUGAACACUCCGCUGGUGAAAUCUCGACCGGCGAUGGUUCCCGACACGCCAGCCAUCACGUCGCAGAAUCUUCAGAUGCAACUGAACAAAUUAUACAAUAAAAGCUAGCUUGAAUACUGGAAAUUUGUAUAUUUACAUUUUUAUGGACUUCAUAAAUUGCAUUUUAAUCUGUGAUUUUAACUACAAAGGAUAUAUUGUGAAGAAUUUCAGUAAUAAGAAGUGAUUAUUGUCUAGGAGAAAUUUUAAUAGAAAACUCCAAUAAAACAUACAAUUUAUAAAGAGACAUGCUAUCUUUUGCAGCAUUUGUCAUUAAAUUUCAAUUAUUCC